UGCACAUCUGUGAUGUCAUGAGGGUGAGUAAAUGAUGAGACAAUUUUAAUUUUUGGGUGAACUGUCCCUUUCAACUUGGAUCAAGUUCGUUGCUUUUGCAGUUCAAGUUAUAUUUGCAUACAUCUAAUUUUGAAGAGAAUUUGCAAGUAGACAGCCAUCCAUAUAAAAGCAGAAAAAAGUCUUGUGUAAGUAGGACUGGAAUAGAUGUCUGUCCAGAUUGACGGUUAAGGCCAACAUCUGUAAGUUCUCGUUCUUCAACUGGGACUCACAGAAAAAUAGAAGACCUGCAAUAAAAAACAAUGCAAUUCAAAUAUUGCCAUAUUACCCACUUCAGUAUCACAUCUUAUCUGGUCACAGGAGUAUUCCCAAUACUAGAACACCUCUUAUGAUGCCUUUAAAACACUAUAAAGGUUUUUGUAUCCUGGGCGAUACAGCAGUUGAGAAGCUGAAGCGAGGAGCAGUGAGUAAGUUGGCCAAAUUUCAGUGAAAAUGAUUGAAAAUAGAGUCCCUGCAAAUACUGAAGUCAUGUGACUUUGUAUUAAAACUCUGGCAUCAAUUCACAAUCUUAAUUUAAAUUGUAAAAACUCACUGACACUCACUUUUGCAUGCUGUUUUCAUGAAAAAUAGGAUACAUGCUGCAAAAUCAUCAAUAAAAUAUGUCAGAAAAUAGCAAUAAAUUAAUUGUUUUCAUCAAUUAAUUUGAGGUAUUUUAAGUAUUUUGUUUCUGGAGUAAUUCAUGUGCAUCAGUGAGUGAACAGGCAACAUUUAUUUCCAUUGACAUCUGUUUUUUUGGUGUGCACCAUGUAAGCUUGCAAAGGUGGAAAAUUGUGAUCAAUGAUGAGAAAGACUUGUGGGACAUCCCAUAAUAAACUCAAGUCUGAUGAAUGUAAAUUCUAGAGUUAUAAAGAAAUAACAGGUUAUUCUAUUUCAACUCCAUGCUACGGUAUAUCAAACAUGAUCUUGAGAUAUCUGGCAUUACAAUAUAAUACUCAAAAAGAAUAUCAGUCUUCUGUAUUUGAGUCUCUUUGGGUGGAUUUACUGCAAAGCCAAUCCCUCAAAAAAACAAUGCAAAACAUGUUAAAAACUGAAGCAUGAAGCAAAUGAAACAUGAGUAAUGCACUGGACGUCUCUGAAAUAGAAAAUACAUACAAGUGACAUUAAUAACAGUAUUAAUCAUAAUCAUAUUUAAUCCUUUAGGUAAAACACAAAAGACACUAACUGUUUCCCAGCACAUUUUACAGGUUCAGCAGAUGACAAUGUAUUUAACUGUGUUAUAUUGUUGUGAGAUAUACAGUUGUAAUAUUAUAAAGAUAACUUGGGACGUGCUCAUUUGGACCUCUGUGGACCAAAUAGUGAAUGUUGAUUAAACAUUGAAAAUUGAUUGACGACUGAUCCCGACUUUUACAACUAAAAAUAGAGGUUAAAUCGACACCUCCUUGCUAUCUGAUAUGGCUGAUACGAUUUCAAUAGAAGACUAUUAUUAUUAUUGUUAUACUAUACUGUCCAGCCUCAGUUACUUCAAUAGUAUGUCUAUGCAAUGCACACAAUAACACCGUAAACUAAAAACAUAAAACGAGGAUUCAAUAACGAUGGGGAUAAAACAUACUUUAAUAAACGUAAAAAUAAUCAAUAUAAAAGUUACAAGAAGUCAAUUUCAGAAGUCAUACAUAUUAAACGUCACAGUAACUUCACCGGACAACGUAGAUACAUCGCGAUCGGUUAACACACGAGUAAUGUUUGAUUCAUAAAAGCAUGACAAGCAAUAUAAGCUUCAACAACAGUACCAGAACACAUAUCCAAACAUUAUAGCAGGUAAACAACUUCACCGAACAGAUAACAGAUAAACAUCCAUCUAGACUGCAACGAUGAUGUCCUGAACUGAGCUGAACAGCGUAGUUAGUUUCUCCAGCCAGAACAUGAGACAGCCGGCACCUCUUUCCUGUGUUUACGGACAUGACGUAAUGACCCGGCAAAUCAUAUAAGCUUACCGUAGGGAAUCGGGGUAAUGUAAGGACAUUGUUUUGAACACUGAUUGUUUAUGUACUCAAUCAAUAAUGGCAAUUUGUUCAUUUUUAACCAAAAUAUCUACAUAGUGCUGCUUUAAUCAAAAGAUAAACUUUUAGUGUGUCAUGUUCCAGUGCUCCGCCCUCUAUCAAACCACGCCCCCACAGUCCCGCCCACUGUAUUUGAUUGACUCACUGGAGAAUUAGACACACUGUGGAUUUACACACAUAUAUGUUUUAUCAUUUGAUUUGAGAUGGCAAUGAAGGACUGUUGUGUGUCUGAUGGAAUCAGCAUGAUUGAUGGAUGGAUGGAUUGAUUGAUGGAUGGAUGGAUUGAUUGAUUGAUGGAUGGAUUGAUUGAUGGCUGAUGAGGCUCCAGGAUGCGCGGGAGCAGCUCUUUUAUCCCGGUGUCCACUGCUGCUGCUCUGCUGGUCACUGCAUCCACACUCUUCUUCGUCUUCACGUGUCCUUGGCUCGCUGAGAAUGUGUCACUCGCUCUCCCACCAUGUGUCGGAAUCGUGUUCCUCUUUGUGAUGGCAAACUUCACCAUGGCAACGUUCAUGGAUGCCGGUGUGUUCCCGAGAGCUCAUGAAGAUGAGGAUAAAGACGAUGAUUUCCGCGCGCCGCUCUAUAAGAACGUGGAGGUGAGAGGCGUGCAGGUGCGCAUGAAGUGGUGCGCUUCCUGUCACUUCUACAGGCCACCCAGAUGCUCACACUGCAGCGUGUGCGACCAAUGUGUCGAGGAUUUUGAUCAUCAUUGUCCGUGGGUGAACAACUGCAUCGGGAGGCGGAACUACCGUUUCUUCUUCCUUUUCCUCCUCUUUCUCACUCUUCACAUGGUUGGUGUUUUCUGCGGUGGUCUCCUGUAUGUCCUUGAUCAUCUGGAGGACUUGUGGGAGCUCCACGCUGCUGUGACGUUGGCGGUCAUGAGCGUCUCAGGUUUGCUUUUUAUUCCGAUCUUCGGUCUGGCGUGUUUCCAUCUGGUGCUCGUGGCACGAGGUCGCACGACUAAUGAACAGGUGACUGGAAAGUUCCAAGGAGGAGUCAAUCCAUUUACACGUGGCUGCUGUGGCAAUGUGCAGUUCGUGCUUUUCAGUCCCAUCACUCCAAGAUACGCAGAUAAACUGUGCGACAGAUUGCCGGUUCGCAUACAGCCUCCUUUCCAACGGCCAGCGUCUCAUAAACCGACCCCUGUGAAGAGUGCAGACAACAGCGUCCAGAACCAAAUACUGCCAGAGAAGUCUGUAGAUGAAGUAGACGUUCCUGAUAUUAAACGAUUGAGCGCUCCACCGCCGCUACCCCCGAAACCAGAUCCAGUCCUGCUCAAGAACCAUCUAGCUGCUUUGGAAGAGAGUUUGCGCCAUUCUCGGACUGCAAUGCCCUCAGGACACAGUAUAAAUAAACUUCACACUUCAGAAUCGCCCACAAGAUUGCUGUACCAAGUUCACAGAGAUCAGAUUGGGAAGAGGAAUUCUCUGCUGGUAUCUCAGGAUGACUUGUCUGAACCGAGUCUGAUACAAUCUGAGAAUCAUAUCGCCGUCUCGACACCCCUGCAGUCCAGUACGCUCCCCGUGAACUCUCUGACUCUCAAUUUCUACUCGCUGAGUCUUAAACACGCCAAUCACCGCCGGGCGCCACUGCACAGCCAGCAUAAGGAAACUCUGGGUCCCCAUCCGACCCCCAGCACCCUCAGAAGCCGAGAGAACAGCCUAUCGUCUGACAGUCUGCUGCGGCCGGGCGAGGUCACCCAGCGAGGGGUGCUUCCUGUGGCGUACCAGACACCGUUCCUGCCCAUGGAUCCCGGUCUCUCCAGGGUUCCCGUCGACAUGCAGCGGAUUCCAGUGCGUAACUGCAGCCCGGUGUUCAUGAACAUCAGCCGACAUUCUCCACAACACCGCGAGCCAUCGCCCGUUCGCUACGACAGCCUCCCCAAACCGGUAAUGAGCUCUAUUCAGGAGCGACGAGAGUCGGAUGACAAAGACAAGCCAGCACUGGGUUUUCCGCAGGCGUCGCUCGCUCUUGGGCCAGAGAUCAGCAUCUACGACAUGCCCAGCAGAUGUAGCCUGCCGCACGAUUUCCGAGGGCCUUCGUCUCGUGGUCCCACCCCGCCGGCGUACGGCUCCCGGGAGUUUCUUCUGAGCAGUGCAGCAUACGGUUACGGCAGCAGAACGCAUCUCUCCUCCUCUUCGUCUUCCUCGCUCACCCGUGCUCCCAGGACCGCCAGUUCGCCGCUUCAUUUCAACGCAGGGCUGCAGGGUCGCUCGCUCUCGCCAUCUGUCUAUCGCUCCCUGGAAUGCCAGUCACAGCUUUCGUCCUCCGAAUUCCUGUCUGCUCUUCCGACUUCCUCCUACGGACAGCAGAAGGCGCUGGCGUUCAUCGCAACCUCAGAGAGGACAGACCUGAACCCAAACUUUGAGUCUUGAUUCCUAAAAACAUGUGUGAGUGUGUCUGUUUAGAGAUGGUGUUCCCAAGGUCAUGGAAAACCUGGAAAUAUCGAGGAAUUUCCCCUCAUGUGUCUUGGCUGCGGUGUGAAGAACACAAACAUAUUCAGCCACGUAAAAUGAUGAUUUUAUUGUCAGUGUUUUGUAGCUUUUAGUUCAUGUAACUUUUUGCCGAUACAAACAUUUAAAAUUUACCGUAUUUCUCUUCCGGAAAAACAGACCAAAAAUAUUGAUGACUCAUCUUGCACUACACAUAUUUUUGCCCAAUCAAAUACUCUCUAGAAUGAGAAUGCCCCUCCCCCUAAUUAAUAUAAAUGAAAAAAUAGGAAAUACAUUAACACAGGAAAGAAACCUGUUAGGACUAAUAAACAAACUUUACAUUAAGACUUUUCAAAUCAUCCUUACGCCAUUGUAAAUUUCUAUAGUGUAUCUACAUUUUUCUAGUUAUGCUCAACUAUAAAAUAUUUUAAUGGAUGAAUGAAUUAUAAUUUAAAUGAAUGUCUCAGUAUUUGUUUCUUAUUUGUUUGUUAUAUAAUUUUUUUUCCAAGUGUAGAAGUACUGUGUUUUAUAAUUAGUUUAUUAGUUAAUAAAGUUGGAUUUCUUUACUAAAACGUAUUCGGCUAUGUUCUUGUGUGCCGUGUAGUUUGGGCUUUUGAACUUAAAAUUUGGAAAUGUUCUUGUCUGCUGUGCGCAACAGGACCUAGUAGUUGCAAAACUGGCAUAUAUUUGAUUGUAGUGUGUUUUAAGAUUAUGUGCAAGUAUUCUAAUGUUGGUGAUAUACUGUAAAUGUACUAAGUUUGAUUGUGCCUUCGUGUUGGAAUCAUAAUGGGCAAGCCGCCCUUCUGGGGGAUUCGGUGUGUGUGCAUGUGCAUGGCACAGGGGGUGUGUGAGACAGAAAUGAGUAAAAGAUUUUGAGAGAGAAUUGUUCGUGUAGCCUGUUACCUGUUGUACGGUCAAGAAUAAAUCUCACUACUGCUCAUGUUCAUAAACAGUGAUUGUUACAGUUUUAUAGUAGCAUAUGUUAUAUUACAAGGUGAUGUUAUGCUUGGAAUUAAAAAAUGUUUUUGCAGAAACCUGCUUAAACUCGUUAAAAAUCAGUUUUGAGGACACCCAUUAUACAGUGUUUAAAGUAUUCCAUCCCAGAGGUGUGUGACUUUCUUUCUUCUG